ACAUGUUUGACUGCUCACGUUACGGUUGCUUUUGAUUUGUUUGUGACGGCUCAGACUACCAUUGCUCCAUCUUUCAAAUUUCUGUUGCUUUCUUGUGUGAAAUUUCAAUCUCGUUUAAGGAACGAUACGUGAUGGACAACGUUAUGGAUCAUUGCAUUAUUGAGCAAAUGCUAAAGCGCCCGUUUGCCGCCAGAACCAUGGAAGAAAAAAUUAAAGUUAUUGGACAUCCGGUUCCUCGUCCACCUACGGAACAAUUAAAAUCCACGUAUAAGUUGAAGGGGAAAAUUAUGUCCCGCAACUUUAAUGUGUCAUCGUAUGACCAGCAAUGGCUGUGUGGAUCGGCGAAAUUAAAUAAACUUUUCUGCUGGCCAUGUUUGCUUUUCCGUAGCGCCAAUGAAAAAAAUGUUUGGAGCAAGGAAGGAUAUAGUGAUCUGAAUCACCUUUCAGCGUCAAUUAAAACGCAUUCGAGCUCUAAAGAUCACAUAAACAAUUCACUUGCCUUAUCGAUGUUCGGGCAAAUGAGGAUAGACGAAGCACUUGACCAUAGCCGGCAGAUCGCCCGCAAUAAGCAUAACGAAGAAGUAACGAAAAACCGGAAGGGUAUGCGAACUUUAAUUGAGAUAACCUGUUUCCUUGGCACUCACGGUCUCGCCUUUCGCGGACAUUAUGAAUGUUCCGAUUCCACGAACAGAGGAAAUUAUAAAGACCUCUGCACGUUGAUCGCCGCCAGGGAUCCAGCGUUCCAGGACUUUAUAAAUAAUAAAGUUUUCAGCGGAACGUCGGGAGGAAUUCAGAACGAGCUUAUAGAAUGCAUUGAAAGCUACAUGCUUCAAACAAUUAAAAGAGAAGUUCUUGAUGCUGAUUUCGUGUCCAUUAUGAUGGAUGAAUCAACAGAUUCGGCUCGGUUAUCGCAACUAUCUUGUACUCUGCGCUACUUACGGACCGAUGGUAAGAAAUAUUCAUAAAAUAAAUUUUGCAAAUAUGUUAACAAAUAGUUGAUUUAUUUUUUAAUUCAACGAGGCUCAAACAUUUUUUUGUUCAUUAAAAUUUUAGGAACACCAGUUGAAAGGCUCGUUAGAUUGGCAGACGUUAGCAGUGACAAAACCGCCGCUGCGUUGGCCGGACACGUUGAUGAAAUAGCAGCGUAUUUUGGUCUUAAUGGUGACAAAGUUGUAGCUCAGAGCUAUGAUGGAGCUGCUGUAAUGUCCGGGGACAAAUCUGGAGUGCAAACAUUGGUGAAGCAACGGUUUCCAAAAGCUGGAUAUAUCCACUGCCGCGCACAUGUGCUUAAUUUGGUGCUACUUCACUCGUGCACAAAUAACAAGAAAUCAGCAAGGUUUUUCAACACGAUCUCAUCACUCGCGGCAUUUUUCUCGCAGUCACCUAAACGCAGCGAGACAUUAAAGCAAUUUAUGGAGACCCACAUACCAAAUGUUUGCAAGACCAAAUGGUCGUAUAAUUCGCGUAUGAUCA